AUGGCCGACACUCCCCCAAAUCGCAAACGAAGCAGUGUCCGACGUGCCAACGUGACGGCCUGCCAGCGAUGCAAGUCCCGAAAACAGCGCUGUGACCAGAACAUCCCAGCAUGCUCAUCUUGUGACCGUGCUGGAGUGCCGUGUGUAAGUGUUGAUGUAGACGGACAAUCUGUGCCUCGAAGUUAUAUCAAGAAUCUCGAGGAUCGGGUCGCUGAGCUUGAGAUUGCUCUUCGAAAUCAAGGGAUAGACACCGAGUCCGGAGUUAGCCGAGCUUCCCAGGAUGCUCUUGAAUCAACACCAGAGACGCACAGCUCUGAUAAUCUGAAUUUACUGCGCUUGCUAGUACCCAGGCCAAAUGAUGUACAGCACCCCCAAGACUCAGCCUACCAUACUCUCCUUGAUACCAUCACUGUACCAGACACGAUCAAAUUUCCUCCCAGACCUACCACUAUCCAACUCACCGCCACAUACUUUGAACACUCUAGCUUUUUCUCCCCGGUCUUGAACCAGAAAUCAUUUCAAGAUACCAUUGCUCUCUUGUAUCAAAACCAGACGUCUUCCGACCAGGGCACCUCAGUACAGAGAUUCCAGCUCUGUAUGGUCCUAGCCAUCGCCAUCAGGCUUCUCAACAGGACAGAUUCUUCCGUUCCCACGACUGCAUCCGACUCGUUCUUCGCCUCGGCUAUUGGAAUACUCACCGAACGGCCGCAAGCUACUUGGAGUGGCGACCUGGAGCAUCUCCAGAACCUUCUCCUCAUUGUACAAUAUACCAUUUUCGCCUCGAAUCUCUCUGCGGCUUGGCACUUCAUUGGUCUAGCAACACGAUUGGCUAUUGAUCUCGACCUUCUCAACGAAACCCGUCUGUCCGUUGUAGACGAGGCGCAGGAGAAUGAAGCAGAGGUGAAUAAGAGACGCCGGGUUUUCUGGUCCACAUACAUUCUCGAAACAAACCUCUGCGUCAUCCUUAAUCGUCCACGAUCAAUACCCGACGAAGCUAUCUUUACCCCUCUCCCAUCCACAGGCGGACCCGAGUCGUCAAGUCCACUGGCAAAUCACUGCAUUCUGUUCCGCCAACUGGAGUACGAAAUCUUCCACACGCUUAACUACAAAACACCCGCGAACGGCAGCUUCUUCGAUUACAAGACCUGGAAGAUGGGCAUGAAGGAUCGUCUUGUGGAAUGGCAUGCAAAUGUACCUGCCCUGGACCCAACAUCCAAGCUCGCACCCCAGAACUUCUUCGACGGCGCUUUAUACAUGACUCUUGUCUCUCUGUUAUCGCCAUCUCGUCACUUUCCUCACCUUUCGGAAGACGAGCUGAGAGAUCUCGCGCAGUAUGCUUCCACGAGCAUCGAACUUUACAGAGAGGGUUUCAAAGAAGGAAAGUUGAGGUUCUACUGGCGAACGACGCCCAAUCUAUUUCAAUCUGGUGCAGCUUUAAUCCACUGCAUUAAGCGUCUUACGCUGCAAGGUGCAGCUUUUGAUGUGAAAGCGCUGAAGAGUCGAGUAUCUGUCUGUUCAACGGUCCUGUGGGGAAUGGCAGAGCGGUAUCCCCCUGGAGCUUCAUACCGUGACCGUUUCGAUGAGAUGUUGGCUACUAUUGACGAAAUGGCCUCGGAGCUACCGGUAGAUAUGUCAGUUGACUUCCUGUUUGGACAUAACGUAUUGCCUUCGUUGGACUUGGAUGGGGCAGCGACACUAUGGACGCCAAUGCCGCCUACUUUGGAUCCGUGGAUAUUGGAUCAAACAUGA